GUCAGACCUGUUCAGCUUGACUCUCAGUGGAAACCUUAAGCCCCGUGCUGGAUGAAUGGAGAGGAAAACAAUAGACUGCGCUGCUUUUGUGCCCUUUGACAACAGCAUUUGACAGAUUUAUUUUGCUGUAGAUAUAGGUCAGGAGAGGGAGAGAAACUUUAUAAGUGGAGUUAAUGUUUUUUGGAUGGAUUUCAAAGGUAAAGGAAAAUAAGAAGGAGGGAGGUUGGGGAAAGUGAGCGGAGUUUCGGGUAAUGAGAAGUCAGGUCCGUUGACAGACAUUGGCCUGAGUUGGCGUGUUGACCUGCUUGAGGUCCUGGUCAGAUUUCCCUGCUGUGGAGGGGAGCUGGGGGCGUGCCAGGACAUUCCGUGUGUCACUUUCUGUACAGCCAGCCCACUUCUCUCUUAUUUAGUAAUAUCCUUUCAGGAAAAAAAGAGUAAGAGGACUAGAAGGAAGUACUAUUACUCACUUGCUCCUUUUUCAUUCAGUUCCUUGUGACGGCUCAAGGAAGAAGAAGAAGGCUUGUGUGAGUCCUCUUUAGCCCUCACACUGUGUAGUUUUUGUAUUCAUUUUUUUUGAGGCAACUUUGGUUGUUUUUGUUUCAAAAUGGACUGUCUUAAAAUGCAGGAAGCAGCAGAGUACAACAUGAAAAUGCAUCCCAUGUGGCAGGGACCCCUCGCGGUACCAGGAGGCGAUCGUCAGUCUCCUAUCGACAUCGUUGUGCGGAAGAGCGUCUUUGAUUCGGAGCUGAAGCCUCUGGUCACUGAUUACGACCCACAGACCUGCCAACAGAUCUGGAACAACGGCUACUCCUUUCUGGUCGAGUAUGAUGACACUACAGACAAGUCCACGCUGAAAGGAGGCCCCCUGCAAGACAAGUUCAGGUUGUGCCAGUUCCACUUCCACUGGGGGGAGAGCAAUGCCUGGGGGUCAGAGCACACGGUGGACAGGAGGCUGUUCCCUGCUGAGCUCCACUUGGUCCACUGGAACUCUGACAAGUACAGUUUGUUCGAGGAGGCAGUGAUGGAGGAUAACGGACUGGCUGUUAUCGGAGUCUUUCUUAAGGUGGGAAAGAGACACGAGGGGCUGCAGAAACUGGUAGACGCUCUGCCUGCUAUCAGACACAAGGACAGUGUAGUGGAGUUCAACAGGUUCGACCCUGCCUGUCUGCUACCCACCAACACUGACAACUACUGGACCUACCACGGCUCUCUGACAACACCCCCUCUGACAGAGUCCGUCAGCUGGAUCAUUAUGAAGCAGCAUAUAGAAGUCAGCCAUGACCAGCUGGCGGUCUUCCGGAGCCUUCUUUUCACCUCAGCUGAGGAGGAGGUACAGAAGGGCAUGGUGAACAACUUCCGAGUGCAGCAAUCUCUCUGCGGGCGCACCGUCCGCUCUUCCUUCACUCCUUUCCUACAGGAGCCAGCGCCGUCGGCCGAAGGCGACAAGCACACCCACUGACGCCGCUGAACCCUGUACACACAGUAACACACACACACACCAUGACCACAGUUAUACACAGUGACCAUACCAAAAGUACCUUUAUUCUUCGGACGUUUUCCUAAGUCACAACAAAAUGUUUAUCAUCACAUUUAAAGCAAAAAACUAAUUUUUAAGUAAGUUUCCUCAGAGGAUCUUCAGUUAUACUUAUAGCUGUUUUUCUUUCAUGGGGUGAACAGAAUUAAUUUAUUUUUUAUUAUUACAAACCAUAACCCGUUUUACAUGGAGGAUGUAGGGAUACUUCUGUUUCUGGGUAGUUGAGAUUUUAAUUUUCUUUGGAGUGUUGCAGACCAAUAACCGACAUUGGGUGGUUGCUGUGUGGGGAAUAUGUAGUUUUACUAACAUUAUUAACUGGAAUUGUAUUUAUUGUACCUUUACAGUUCAUUCAGUUACUGUUCAUGGGGUUUAUACCUGUAGCUCAGUGCAGAGAACAGCUGAGCUGAGGUAAAAACUCAACAGCACCGUGUGCUGGCCACAGUCGGUACUACAGCAGUCUGCCUGUCUGAUGUUUUUAUCCAUAUAAGGAGGCAGCUUCUAGUUUACAACAGAAAGCCCAGGAGAUUUUAACAGACUAGAUAUACAUAUCUAUAUAUAUAUAUAUACAUACACACAAUACAUUAUAUAUCAUACAUCUAAUAUCAUCAAGGGCUUUUUUUAACCCCGGAUGGUGGGUUGUUGGGUUUAUCAAUGAUUUUGUCAUUUAAAAUGUGAUUAGAAUAUAUGUUUUCUUAAUCUGUUACAAAGAGAUUAUACUGUAUACAGUAUAUCUGACAUUCAGAGGAGUUUUAAAGGAACUCCAUGGAGCCUUGAGUCUUCUACUCAGAACUGUUAACAUGUUACUAAUACACACAAACAUGCCAGAUGACUGUAGCACAAACAUGCAUUUUAAGAAUAUUCUCAUUGAAA